AGCGUGUUUCUUCUUCAGUGACAGUGAGUGAGUGAGUGAGAGAGAAGAAGAAGAAGAAAAAGAAGCGAGUGAGCAAAACUUGUCAAGAAAAAUGUGGGCUACACUUGUGUUUUUGUUGAUAGGAAGCUUGAUCCACACAGCUGACGGUUCGAUUCACGAGUACAACAACCAAAGCUUCACCAAAAUCGCCGACGCUCGUUAUUUUGUCGCUGGUUACCAAGGUAUCUACGGCUCUGAGUUUCUGGAUGUUCCUGCUUCUUCUGAUACACCUCAGCUCAAGGGAAACUCCUUCAUCAGGUUCGAUGAUAUCACUUUUGUAAGAAGCAAGGAAUCUGCUAGCAAGCAGAAUUCCACUCACGCAACUGCAGGAUUGGUUGAAGCGAUACUGUUUGAGGUGAAGCAGAAAGAUAGAGUUGGUGGUUCCUUUUUCAAAACUGAGGACAUGUGCUGUACGCCAAAACUUGCAGAUGCUGGUUCCUGCAAUCUUGGGGAAGUUAUAAUCAGCGCAGAUCCUAAUGAUCCUGAAUGGCCUAAGCGGAUUCCCACUUUUUUCAAAAGAGGUGAGGAAGAAGUUAAGAUGUCUCCCGAAGCUGUGAUCAUUAAGAAAACUGGAUGGUACACUGUUUACUUCAUGACAUGUGAUCCGGAACUGGAUGCCACCACAGUUAGAGGAAGAACUGUUUGGAAGAACAGAGAUGGCUAUUUACAGGGAGAGAAGGCUCCUUUGAUGAAGUUAUACGCCUCUAUGCUAUUGGCUUAUGUGGUUCUUGGCCUAGUUUGGUUUCCACAAGUUGCUCAGUAUUGGAAGGAUGGAAUCCAGUUGCAUAGUCAUAUUAGCUUGGUAAUUGCAUUUUCCAUUGGUGAAUUGGCAUUCUUGUACUUUGACUUCUCCUAUCUCGACUCAGCUGGUACAAGUCCUAUGGAGGUUACUGUAUCGGCAAUAACCCUUUCUUCUGCGAGGAAGGCACUGUCUCGACUUCUGCUGUUGGUCAUAUCUUCAGGGUAUGGGAUAGUGAAGCCUAACCUUGGUGGCAUAACAUUGAGGAUGCUUCUUAUUGGCGUCCUAUGCUUUGUUAUAAGUGAAUCUCUUGGGUUGGCUAUAGAAUUUGGUAACAUUUCUGAAAAUGGAAUGACCGUCUUAAUGCUCUAUUGGGCGAUACUGGAAACUUGCUUUCUACAGUGGAUUUUCAGGUCUUUAUGGAAAACUCUUAAGAAGCUUAAGCUGAACAAGAAGAACAUUGCUAAGCUGCAACUCUACAAGAAGUUUGCAACUGUGCUUGUGAUCAUGGUGGUCCUAAACUUCUUUUGGAUUUAUGUGGAGGUAUUUGUCUAUAACUCUCCGAGCGACUUUUGGCAAUUGAAGUGGAGUAUUCCCACUUUCUGGUACCAGCUUUCUUACCUUAUGUUGGUAUUCAUUUGCUAUUUUUGGCCUCCUACAGAAAAGCCGACGAGGUACCUAUACCUAGCUGACAUGGAUGAGGAGACUAAAGAAGGAGACGAAUGUCUCUCACUGGCAGAAGCUGGGAUGAACAGGAAAGAUGAAACAAAGGCUGAAGAUGGCGAUGUUGAGAGGAAUGAAAGGAAGAGCCUUCUGGAAGUAUUCAUCAUAUUGUUGGGGAAUCUACCAGGCGAGAGGUGAAACACGCAUCCUACAAAGUUACCAUGGUUUUGAGCUUAAGCUGCCUCAUAACAUCCCUUUUUCGGCUUAAGCUACCAUACUUUUUAACCUACGGCUUUUGGAGUUUUUUAAAGUUUUUCUUUCAACUCCCUAGUAGAAUUUGCAGCAGACUUGACUUAAUCGGGUUCCCUGUUUCAUGAACUUGUUUGGUAAGUGGAACAAAAUGGUAAAAAAAAUUGAAUAUUAGGACAAAAUGAAACACUUUUAAGUUGCAAUUAUUCUGUCUUCUUCCAUUAUAA